GGGGUGGGCAGUGUGGGAAAGCGGCUGGCGAGGCGUCGCUGGAGCUGCGAGAGGAACGCCUGCGCGUUAGGCUGGCCGGCCGGCCGCUUAACCCUCCAACUUGCUUCCCAGUGCGUUCCCACGACCUUGCACUCCCAGCCGGCUGAGCCGCGCGGCCCAUUUUUCUUACCAUGAAACCGCAUCCACUCUUACUGACCAUCGCCUUGUUCCUCUUUGCCUUCCCCUUCUACAUGAUGGACGGCCUGGCCAUCCUGGACAAGUGAGUAUCAUGUGAAGGCGUCGGGGGAGGGGAGAGAGAGAAAUAAUAACCCUGACCAUUUCUGAAUCGCCUGCUCUCUCCGGUGAUCGCCCUCACCUGACCAUCUGACCCUGGCCCUCUUGGGAGCAGCUGAGGCAAUCAUGCAGGUAAAACAUACAUUCUGGGUCCUACCAACAUACCCUCCAACAUUUCUCCAAUGAAAAUGGGGACAUCCUAUUCCAUACCCCGCAACAUUUCUCCAAUGAAAAUAGAGGCGUCCCCUCCAAUCUUUCUCCGAUGAAAACGGGGACGUCAGCUUAUUGGAAAUUUCCCCCAUUGGAGCACGGCCAUUCAAAGGGACUGGGGGGUGACUCUGCUGAUUUUAUUUCUUUAUUGCUUUAAGAAAGGAAUUCUUAGUUACGUAUUAAGGUCAAGGAGGUGGUUUGGGGGUUUUGCAGGCCGAUCUUGCAACUUGUCAAGAAGGCAAUUUUAGUGCCAUUUUGGUGCAUUGUUUUACUGGACUGUCUAUGCCGCUGUUUUGCUUUAUUAGUUGUUAAGGACCUAAGAAAAGCCUGGAUGAAACCAAUGACCCAUCGAGUCCAGCAUCCUGUUCCCACAGAUGCCACAAUGGGAAACCUGAAUGCACAGAGCCAGGAUUUAUGUUGUGGGGGUGGGCAGGGCACCCACCUGUCCGCAUCCUCUGCCCGGCUCUGUCUAGCAGAUUCGGAAUGAAAUGUUUCAGCAACUGUUGUUCCAAAUUACUUACUUUUGCUCAGAAAAAUCUGUCAAAAUCUUCAUUCAUUUGAAAACUAGGAAGUCAAAUGGAGAAUUAACAUCAGGGAGUACCUUUCAUGCAACUGGCGAGUAUAUUUUGCAAAAUUACAAAGAACACGCCUUUUUUUCAUAUUGUUUUUUAAAGCUUUCUUGGAUUUGCUGAAAACCUUUUCAGCACUUCCUUCUCAAAUUCCUCCUUUUUCCCAAUGCAGUUUUUCUAGUAAGCACAGCCCAGGGAGACGCUCUCUUGCCCUUAGCCAGGUCUUUGCUCUCCGCAAGGUACAGAAUGACGUCUGCAUGGCACAAGUGGUGCCUGGCUGAGCAAGAAAGAUGCUGUAGUAUCCUGAAUUCUGAUGUUCUGCAGAGAAUAGCUUGCACAUUGCAAUGAAGGAUGACAUGGUAUGCUGCCUGCUUAGCAGGCACUGACUUUUUCUAAGGAAACGCUCGCUAGGGAGGGAGAUGGUGGCAUCUCAGCAAGCAUUUCAAUUUCAAAUAUUCAGAUUAUUUCUACUUUUAGUUAAGGUUUUUUUAAAAAAAUAAAUAAAUUCUUGCAAGCAGGAUUUGAGCCCAAGAGCCCUCUCCUGUCCUGCAGCAGCUGGAAUACAGAAGCAUUUUUGCCUCUGACUUUGUUUAAUCCUGUGGCAGGGAGUUCCACAGUUUAACCGUGGGACGCUUCUUCAAUAUAGCCAUGCUCUAUAGGGCAACAACAUCCCCUAUUAAUGCAGAGCUGUUCCUGCAGCACAGGGGAGGUUGGGGGUCCGCCUUAACUCAACAAUCCUAUGAUUCUACCUGAGGAUUGACAAACAUAAGAAUUGGGGCACAGAUCCCCAGCAUUUUCAGGUGCUGCUGGAAAUGUCCCCAGUCUGAAAUCCCAGACCCUCCAAGUGUCCCUAUUUUCCAGGGACGGUCCCGGAUUUACAAAAGCUGUCCCAGUUUCUGAUUUGAUCCUAGAAUGUCCCACUUUUCCUUAGGAUGUCCCUGUUUUCAUCAGAGAAAUGUUGGAGGGUCUGGAGUUAUGCGACCCCCAAGCCAAGGAGAUAAGUAACUGUACAACCUUUAGAAAGCAUCUGAAGGCAGCCCUGGAUAGAGAAGAUUUUUGAUGUUUAAUGUUUAAAUAUUUAUUGGAAGCAGCCCAGAAUGGCUGGGGCAACCCAGUCAGAUGAGUGGGGUAUAAAUAAUAAAAUUAUUGCUGUUAUUAUUAUUAUUAGUAGUAAACAGGACAUCCCUAUUUUCAUUGGAGAAAUGUUGGAGGGUAUGUAAUCCUGGAGUAGCUGCUACAGGUCAGAGCAGCCGAUGCACAUUUUAAAAACUGCCCUUUUCAGAAAUGUGUGGAUGGGGAAGAGGCGUUUAGGGAAGAAGCAGCUCAGUGGUUGCAGCAUCUGCCUUGCACAAAGAGUCCAGACCAGCUUCAGGUAGGGCAGGAAAAGACUCCUUGCUUGAAACCCUGGAGAGCUUCUGCCAGUCAGUGCAGACAUUACUGAGACAGAUGAACCAACAGCCAUAAAGGCAGCUUUCUUUGUUCCUGUUCAGUUUUGCCGGUUUAUGAACAAAUUCUGCAUUACUUCCAACAAAACCUUCCCACUAUUGUCGCAUUGACCUGGUAAUAAACAAAAAUCUGCCCUGAUUCCCUUAUGGGGGACACAAGAGCCCUUAUAGAGUCCUUUGUAGGUUCUCCAUCGGUCGGAGAAAAGAACAGAGGCCAACCAGAGAAUAUCGAGAAGCAAAGCAGCUCAUAAGCCUGAUCUUUAUUGAUCUGUUGCAACAGGGUGCUCCCCUCACACGCAGGAAAGGAGGAGGACCUAGAACCAAGGUGUGUCCACCCUUAUAUAGACAUUUUAAAUUGCCUGUCCUGGAGUCCAAGACCACCCCCAGAUACAUCAUACAUACAUCACAGAAAGGGCGGUCUACAGCAGAAAUCUGAGUGCGUUGUUUAUUUCCUGUCUGGUAGGUUACCUGUUAAUGCUCACUUGAUUGGAUACCCUGGGGAGCCUGGCCAGUCUUUUGUAAUGACAAACACUUAGUUCCUGAGCCAGGUCACAGGCUCACCCUAUUCAUACACAGACAUACCCUUAAGACAGGGUUUGUGAAGGAAAAGACAAUGGGGAGGCUUUUCCAUUUCCUUCGACCUUGCAGAGAAAUAUUUGAGGUCAAUUUGGGAGGGACAAAAUGGUUUCAGGACUUUUUCUGUGGGGUUUCAGACAUGUGGUUUAUAUAUGCAGAUAUAUAUAUAUAUAUAUAUAUAUAUAUAUAUAUAUAUAUAACCUUAAAUUUUUUAUUUCAACCACUAUGAAUCCAAUAGUCAGCUAAUGGCAUAACAACGUUUGGAUGAGACUCUCCCCUCCUUAUUCUCACAUCUAUUUUUCUUUUUAAUGCAUGCAUUAAUAUUCCAUGACGGUUUUCUCACUCCUGUUUACUAAGCGGACAAUUGCCCACUUAUCCCUGUUUGGCUAUCAGCUUUCUAGCAGCAUAGAACCAUAGAAUUGUAGAGUUGGAAGGGACCUCCGAGGGUCAUCUAGUCCAACCCCCUGCAAUGCAGGAAUCUCAGCCAAAGCAUCCAUGGCAGAGAGCCAUCGAACCUCUGCCUAAAAUCCUCCAAGGAAGGAGAGGCCACAACCAGAGGAGUGGCAGGUGAAGUUUAUGGAAUUUGCUGAAUUAGGAAGUUUAGAUAGGAAAAUUAGGGGAGUGAGAUGAGUCAGUCUUUAAGGAGGACUGGAAAAUGUUUGUAGAUGAUAUUUAAAAAACCCCAUUGUAAAUAUGCUAAAAUGCUAACAGGUUUGGAGUAAGGACAGCAGUAAUUGAGAUACUGAGGAAAAAAGUUGGAGGAAAGAAGGCAUGGCAUAAUUACAAUAUGCAGCAGUAAUAGAGAAAUUGAGGAAACCAUGGCAGGGAGUGAGGGAAGUUGAUUUUUGGAAAAGCAAUUUCAGUGGUACCUCGGGUUAAGAACUUAAUUCGUUCUGGAGGUCCGUUCUUAACCUGAAACUGUUCUUAACCUGAAGCACCACUUUAGCUAAUGGGGCCUCCCGCUGCUGCUGCGCCGCCGGAGCACAAUUUCUGUUCUCAUCCUGAAGCAAAGUUCUUAACCCGAGGUACUGUUUCUGGGUUAGCAGAGUCUGUAACCUGAAGCGUCUGUAACCUGAAGCGUAUGUGACCCCAGGUACCACUGUAAUUAAGCAAACAAACAACUGUCAACUGCUGCAGAGAACAUAUUUACUGCAGUUUUUCCCUACUAUUUUAGUAAGGGUCGCGUUGGGUCCAUUUGCAAACCCCCCCCCCCCCCGCUUGGCCUGGUCUGGCAGCUGCAGGACUCGUGUCCUAAAGGCUCUGCUGGCUGACGCCUGAUGCACUCUGGACAGGCGGCCGAACUUUGAUCUUUUCCCUGCGCUAUCUGGGAACAGGGACCUGCUAUUUGGCCCAGCAGCCUGGUGAAUCAUAGCUAGGCUUACCCUUGAGCGGGGAUGGGCAGGUUGGCGACAGGCAAGCAGCCUUCCUAUUAGCCAAAUCAGCUAAUGAAUAGCUUACAAGGUUGUUGUUUCUAAAGGAAUAAAUUGAAACCCCAAGUUCAGGUGCAAUCUAUCUCUAAAUAUCCAUUAUAUAUAUAUAUAUAUAUAUAUAUAUAUAUAUAUAUAUAUACACACACACACACAUAUAUAUUCAAGUAGUAUAAAUAAUAGUAAAGGUGAAGGACCGCUGGAUGGCUAAGUCCAGUCAAACUUGACUAUGGGGUUGCAGCACUCAUCUCGCUUCAGGCCGAGAGAGCCAGCGUUUGUCCACAGGCAGCUUUCUGGUCAUGUGGCCAGCAUGACUAAACUGCUUCCGGCGCACCGUGAUGAGUGCCAGAGCGCAUGGAAACGCCAUUUACCUUUCUGCCAGAGUGGUACCUAUUUAUCUACUUGCACUGGCAUGCUUUCGAACUGCUAGAGUGACAUAAGCUGGGACAGAGCAACGGGAGCUCACCCUGUCACGGGGAUUCAAACCUCCGACCUUCUGAUCAGCAAGCCCAAGAGGCUCAGUGGUUUAGACCACAGCGCCACCAUGUCCUAUAAGUAAUGGAGGAUAGCUCAGUCAGUUGAGCACUUUUAAUCUCAGUGUUGUGGGUUAGAGCACCACAUUGGGCAAAAUAUUCCCGCGUUGCCGGGGGUUGGACUAGAUGACCCUCGGGAUCCCUUCCAACUCUGCAGUUCUAUGAUUCUAUAUACCACUCAAUCACACACAAACAGAGAGAGAAAUUGCAUUUAUAUCCCCCCCCCUUUGCACCAAGGAGCCCAGAGUGGCAUAUAUGUAUUUCACAGAAUCAUAGAACUGUAGAGUUUCCUAAGGAAAAGUGGGACAUUCUGGGAUCAAAUCAGAAACCGGGACGCCUUCUGUAAAUCCGAGACUGUCCUUGGAAAACAGGGACACUUGAAGGGUCUGAGCUUCCUGGGUUCCUUGUAAUUCAGCCCUUUGUUCAUGAGGACCAGAAUCCUGCUCUCCUAAUCCCAGCGUGGAGUUUUAGCGCUUGUGCAUCUGCUGAAGGAGCCCCUUUAAAAAAUCUCAACCGGAUAAAUCUUCUUCCUCCGUGAUCCACUUGUCCUCUGCUAGCUUCCACUCCAGGCAGCGAUUGAUCUGGAAAGACCCCCUGUGCAGCUCUGCGGAUGCUGAGUGGCACUUUUUCUAGAGCCAUAUAUAUAUAUAUAAUCUGCUGCAAGGAGGUUUCUGAGUUUGGUCUGGAUCUGCAUUGCAGCUGUGUGGCUGAUGCACAGUGGCUGCUUCUGAGCUGCCUCUCUCUCUCUCUCACACACACACACAGAGAGAAAACCACCUUUCAAUUUGCAGCUCAGGGGCUCGUCCCUACCCCUUCCCAGCUGACAUCUGCAGGUGCUGGAGCUGCAGGUUUGCAGAGGAAAAGGGUUUUGUGUGACCUGAAUGUCAAUUUCGGUUUCAGACCAGGGUUGCAGCAGAACAGCUCCUGUGCAUGCAGAAGGCUGCAGCCUUGAUCUCCAGCCUUGAUCUGCACACAGACUUUCUGCCUGGAAGCCUGGAGAGCUAUGGCCCUUUCCUCAAACCCAAAGUGAGGUUCUAGUCCUCAGGGUUUGGAAUAAAGAGCCGAAAUGAUACCCUCUAACAUGCCUCAGGUGAAAGCGGGGGUGCUUCCCUCUCCUCCCCUCCCCGCGCAACUGACCCUCCUCACCCCGCCAGGUUUUGUUGUUCGCCCACCCCACAGAGCACUCCCUACCAGAAGGAAGGUGAGUCCCUGCACCACUGCUCUGUUAGGACACGCAGCACACAACCUCCACCCUCCUGAGAAAAGCCCUUCAUCCCAGUUUUACGUUAUUUUAUUUUUCAGUAGGUUGCCAAAAAGAAAAGCACAAACCAAUGAAUAAAUUUGAUAAAAGGGCAAGAUUAGAUGUGGACUCACAAAGCAUUUUCAUGGCCUCCAACAUUUCUCUGAUGAAAAUAGGGAAAUCCUAUAUAAUACUACUACUACUAAUAAUAAAUAAUAAUAAUAAUAAUAAUAAUAAUAAUAAUAAUUUAUUACCUUUAGAAGACAUCUGAAGGCAGCCCCCAUAUAGGGAAGCUGUUUUAAUGUUUAAUGUUUUAUUUUUGUUUUUAUAUAUGCCGCAAGCUGCCCUGAGUGGUUGGAGCAACCCAGGCAGAUGGGGGGGGUAUAAAAAUUGUUGUUGUUGUUAAAUAGGCCAUCUCCAUCCCUAGAGAAAUGUUGGAGGGUAUGCUGUGGAUGUCUCCUAGCCAGGACGGCUGUGCUCUGCCUCCCCCAGUUGUUGGCAGCAUACUCCAAAAUCCGAGUUGCUGGAAACCGCUGGAGGAGCGAGCGCUGCUCUUCUGUUCGACUCCUGGUUGCGGGUUUCCCAUGGGCCUUUCUGGCUGGCUCUUGCGAGGCCAGGAUGCCAGACUAGGUGGGCCCUGUGGGCUUGAUCCAGCAGGAUGACUCUUACAUUAAAGUAGCAGGAUGUCUGGGCAUAUGAAGAAAUGGUUAAGCCACGCACAACCAAACGUGUUGCUUCUUUCUCAUCGUUUUUAACUUUGGAUCCAUCCUUGUUUUCUCCUCCCCCUUCCACCUCCUCCCCGCUUGCAGCCCCUCGGCCAUCGCAGUGACUGCCUUCGGGAUCCUCUUAUUCCUGUUUGCUCUGGUUUACUCCGCAAGUGACUCUGAGGAUGCCCUCUUCUAUGGUAAGUCUCUCCUGUCUUUGGGCAUCUUCAUGCCUGCCCCCCCUCCUUUCCCUGCUUCUCUUUCUCUCUGUGUGUGUUUAGUGUAUGUGUGUAAACAGCUGACCACCUGGUCACCUUUUAAAAAAAAUGUCGCUAUCCCUCAUGAAACUCAAAAGUGCAUUCAGUGGAAAACACAAAUAUUUAUUUCCCCAUAUCCCUGCAGUGUUCGUUGUACUUUCCUUCAUGUCGGGAAUCAGCGCCAUCAUUGUUCUGGAAGAAGAUGGCUACAUAAGCAACUUCCUGGAAGGCUACAUGAGACAGGCAAGUCCUCGCAGGCAGGAGUGCAACCGGGAGGGCGCGGAAGGUGUGCAACCCAUAUCAGAUGCUUCAAACCUUUGUCUGAGUGGUGGGUGGUUUUUAUCACAUAAAACCUUUCAGCCAGGUUUCCUUUCAGCCAGGCCCCCGGAGAGACAAGACCUUUUGUGAGAAGGAGGUACAUCUGUACCUUUCUACAGCUUGGGCAUAGGUAGUGACACCAUUAACAGCCAGUGCUCAAAAUUAGCUAGGCACUCUUUGCACCUAUUGGCCACCUGUGACCAAGUGAGGACGCCUGGGUGCCAGGAUGGCACCUGAUGUCUUCACCAUGUGGAGGUGCAUGCCUGGGAAUCAUUGGAUCCGGACUGGUUGUGCAAAUAAUAAUAUUAUUAACAACAACAACAACAACAACAACAACAACAAUAUAUUUAUACCCCACCACUCUGGGCGGCUUCCAACAAAAUAUUAAAAUAGUCUGUCAAACAUUAAAAGCUUCCCUAAACAGGGCUGCCUUCAGAUGUCUUCUAAAAGUCUGGUAGUUGUUGUUCUCUUUGACAUCUGGUGGGAGGGCAUUCCACAGGGCGGGUGCCACCACCGAGAAGGCCCUCUGCCUUGUUCCCUGUAACCUCACUUCUCGCAGGGAGGGAACCGCCAGAAGGCCCUCAGAGCUGGACCUCAGAACAAUGGGUGUGGAGACGCUCCUUCAGGUAUCCUGGACCGAGGCCAUUUAGGGCUUUAAAGGUCAGCACCAACACUUUGAAUUUUGCUCAGAAACGUACUGGGAGCCAAUGUAGGUCUUUCAUGUAGCAACACAUUCUGUAGAAUUCUCUCCAUUAUAUUUUAUUUGCACAGUCAGAAUGAAUUUCUGGAAACAAAAUGCUUUUUCUGAGCAGGGAACAGUGUUAUAGUUAAUUGUUGUCGCUUGUCUUCGCUUACCCCACCCCGCCAGGAACUACAAGGUUUACUCACAACAUAAGUCUUGCCAGGAUUCAGGAAAUACAGUGACGAAAAUCAGGCAGGCAAUAAACAUUACAAAUAUCCAUAGCCCAGUUCAAAAUGGAGGAGAGCAAACAUAUAUCAUCCGCCAUCGCAGGUAGGAAAAAAAGAGUUUACAGCGACAGGAAGGAAGAGAUAGGGAUCAACAAAUUUCUUGCCACCAAGUUUGGGGGUAUGACAUCAUAGAGCUCCCUCCAUGCAGGUUCUGAAACUCCAUUUGUGACUGUCUAUGCAUUUGUGAUUUUGUCUGCACAUCCUCCCGCACAAACGUCCGUUCCCAUAGCAGGGGUGAGGUGCCUCCAGAUGUCGCUGGACUCCAACUCCCAUCACCAACAACCCGGCAUGGCCAGGGAUGACGAGAGCAGGAGUCCAGCAAUACCCAGAGGGCCAUUGGCUUACCCCUUCUCUGCCCUAUGGCAACAAAUCACAGGUACUCGGCCCAGGUAUUUUACAUAGCAAAGCUGAGCAUGGCGCAUUGGACCACUGAAUAAGCAUCUCUUCUAUUCUCCGGACCCCAAGCCCACAGCCAUAGAGUUGCUGCUUUGGAAAUGUGCCAUGAGGCCAUUCGGUCCACCCCCAACCCUUCGCUCAGGGAGGACUCAUAUCUCAGCAGCAGAGCACCUGCUUUGCAUGUAGAAGGUCACAGGCAUCUCCAGGAAAGUCUGGGAACUCCAGAGUGCUAGGGCCCUCCGCUUAAAAAAAGGUAAGAUUCUAGUCCUCAGCAUUUUGAAUAAAGAACCAAUUCAAAUAGGCAGCUGCCUCGAGCCAAGUCAGACCAUUGAUCCAUCCAACUCAGUGCUGUAUACACUGGCUGGCAGCAUCUCUUCAGGUUUUCAGAUGGGGAUUUAGGUACCAUUUCCUCAGCCACAGCUGGAAAUGCCAGGAACUAACCAGUUUGUGUGUGUGCGUGUGUCAUGCAAAAGCUGCUUUUUGGCCACAGAGUCACAGCUUUUAAUUUCUGGGGGACGUGCAGACGUUGAAAUGGAUGGUUGAAGGACGGGACGGGUCUCUGGCCGUGACUGACGUCUUGGUUUCUGCUUCCUAUAGGGUGAGCCAUACCUAAGCACAGCUCACGGUAUGAUGAACUGUUAUUGGGCUGCCACCACCCACUUCGCCCUCCAGCUAGCCAUGAUUGCAGCCAUCACUCAAAGGUGAGACAGGUCUGUUGUCAUAAACUUGUAGAGCUGGAAGGAAUAUCAAGGGUCAUCUGUUUAAAAACCUCCAACAAAAGAGAGUCCAGAGGUCGUCUGUUCUGCUGGGAAUUUUGCAGAACCUUUGUAAAGGUACCAGGCAGAAAUCCAACUGGUAGUGCUUUGGGGACUCCCUGGGUUUUUACAGGUCCUGGAGCUGUUUGGAGGCAUAAAAACUCCCUCUGGGGCAGAGGGGGGAGGAUUUUUCAGGCCUGGGGUGAGGAGUGGGGGAAUAGACCCCAGUUAUAUUUGGUGGGGCUGAGUAGGCAAGCUGUGUUGACUCUCUGUUUGCUCUCCAGAAAGAGUUACCGGAACCUUGGGCUCUACUGGGUCGGAUCCCUCACCAUGAACUUUGCCGUCUACCUGCUGGGGAAUGUGGUUGGUGAGUUGCUCCCUGGCAAACGCUUGCCAUAAUCUUCCCUUUCGAAUGAAAAAUGGGAAGAGCAGGCGUUUAGUUCUCCUUAUCUCAGCUUUGGCUGAGAUUUUGGCACUGCAGGGGGUUGUAGUAGAUGACCCUUGGGUCCCUUCCAACUAUACGAUCCUAUGCUUCUAUUAGGGAUUUGUCCAGACUGCUGGGUGGGAUUUCUGACACACUGCAACAAGCUGCCUUUCUUCUGAGCCAGACCACGUGGUCCACCCAAACCAGUAUCGUCCACACUGGCUGGCAGCAUCAGCUCGCCAGGGGUUCAGGCAGAGAGUACCUUUCUUUCCCAGUCCUUCUGUGUGCAAAGCAGGUCCUCUACCUCUGAGCGACUGCCCUUUCAUUUCACGGAAAAAUAAACCAAGAGUCUAGUCCUCAUGGUCUUGAAGCACUAGUUUCAUCAGAAAGCUGCCUUAUAAUGGGACAGACCGCUGGCCCAUCUAGCAAAGUAUUGCCAACACGGGCUGGCAGCAACAGCUCUCUGAGGCUCAAGAGAGGAAGUAUUGACACAGCCCGCACUGGAAAAGCCAGGGAUGGGACCUGGGACCUGUUGCAUUCCUGCAUUGCGGGGGGUUGGACUAGAUGACCCUGGGGUCCCUUCCAGCUCUGUGAUUCUAUGCAUGCGAAGCAGGUGCUCUGAUCAUUGAGCUAAAGCCUGAGAUUGGUGGCGCACGGCCUGGAGGUGUCCUAAGGCGGCCACCUCUCUCUCUCUCUUUUAAAGAUACAUGCAUGUUCUUUUCUUUUCUUAAUAGUAAUUUUGUAUUACCGUUUUACAAAAUGGUCAAGAAGGCAGUUUCUGCAGAGGGGAGUGAGGGGCAGGUGGGGCUCGUCCACCUGGGAAGGGAGCCCAUUUAGAAGAAGGGAAACUUCUGCUAACCUUGUGGGGCAUCUUUGGAAGAAGAGAAGACUAAGGAGUGAAGCCUACAAAAAUCCAGUGUGGAGACCCUAAGGUGGCAAACUCAUCCAUUCCCUCCACCUCAGCCAAGGGCUGCAGAGGUUUGGAGUCCUGCAAUCGCUGGGAUGUGGGGGGCAGAUGAUUCCACCAUCCAUGUUCUAAUAAAGUCCCCCAGGAGAACUAGGUUGACUGGCGUCCCCAAGAUUUGACUUUGUGGCUUAGGGCCCUCGUAUUUACAGGACCGCCUCUCCUGCUCCGCCCCGCAGAGGACCUUAAGGUCGAUGAAUAACCAUAGUUUAGAGGUCCCGGGCCCUAAGGAAGUCAGACUGUCCUUCACCAGGGCCGGGGCCUUCUCAGUGAUGGCUCCGACCUGGUGCAAUGCUCUGUCCCAGGAGACCAGGGCCCUGCAGGAUUUAACCUCCUUCUGCAGGGCCUGUAAGACAGAGCUAUUCCACCUGGCUUUCCAUUUGAACUUAGCCUGAUCUUUUAUUCCCCUUCCUUCCCUCCCCCUCCCCUUUUAUGAAGAUCACCCGCUCUGAGACCCCACAGCUAAUUCUCCCCUGGUCUCCUCACUGGCCCAAGUAGGACCAAUUCAGCCAGCUAGCCCUGGUGACUACAGUAUUUUUCGCCCCAUAGGGCGCACUGCCCCAUAGGGCGCACCUAGUUUUUUGGGGGGGAAAUAAAGAAAAAAAAUUAUUUUCCCCCCCAAGUGCUGGGGAAGCCCGAGAAGCGGAGAGUUGCGCGAAGCCCGAAGCCUGAAGCCUGGGGCGUGCUGAGCUCAGUGCGCCCCAAGCUUCUGGGUGCAGGCAAGCUCUCCGCUAGCCGUGGGAGAGCUGCGCGAAGUAGCUUCCUGAAGCCUGGAGAGCGAGAGGGGUCAGUGCGCACCGACCCCUCUCACUCUCCAGGCUUCAGCGAAAGCCUGCAUUCGCCCCAUAGGACGCACACACACUUUCCCUUCAUUUUUGGAGGGGAAAAAGUGCGUCCUAUAGGGCGAAAAAUACGGUAUCUAAUGCUUAUUUGAUGGAUUUCCCCUAAAUUGAAUUUUAUUGUUAUUCAUGUUUUUAUACUGUAUUUUAUGCUACUUUUACAAUUAAGUGUUUGUUGUUGUUAGCCCCCCUGAGCCCGGUUUUUGAACCGGGAAGGGCGGGGUAUAUUAUUAUUAUUAUUAUUAUUAUUAUUAUUAUUAUUAAUUAACUUGUGGGUGUACUGAGACCAAUCCUUGCUUUCCCAGGGAAAUACGGUUCUGAGAUCCGCCUGGACUUCUUCCUCAACAUCCCUUUGCUCCUCGCCCUCAUCUGGGCUGCCUCCAGGAUCUUUGCCCAGCCCAAGACGUUGUCCCUCGAGACGGCCGAUAAGGUAACGGAAGAAAUCGCCUUCUAAGCCAAAGCAUCCUGUCUCUGACAGCUAGAAAGCCCCCAGCCCAGGAAGGCCCCAGAGGCACCAACCUUCUCUUCCCUCCAGCAUUUGGUAGGAGGUAGACUGCCCUUUUGAGUGGAGGGUUCUUCUUAGCUGCCCUAAACCACUGUCAGAACAGCCUCCUUGGAUCAGAGCAAAGGUCUGCCCGGUCCAGAAUCUUCUUCCCAAUUGACCCUCCCCCCAGUGGUUCCUCUCUAGCCACUGGCUUUCUUUCUUUCUUUUUUAAUCACACAUCAGGAGAUUUAAGUACCGCUUUCAGCAGGGAUAGCUCAGUUGGUUAGAGCCUGGGGUGCCGAUAACACAAAAGUUGCAGGUUCAAUCCCCAUAUGAUUCUAUGAUUUUAUGGUGGUCAAAGCAAUCUGCGGUCAGAAUAAAACAAUAAUGUUAUCAGAAACACACACACCCUGCAAAAAAAGCCCCACAACAACAGCGAUGGAAAGGAUUUGAAAAUAAGAAUAACUAAAGCCGACUAUCAGUUUAAAAGGAAACACGUUGAGACAUCUGGAUAGGCUAGCCUAAAUGAAAAACAGGAAAAAAGCUUCUAGCAGGAGCCAAUCAGCCAGGAGUUCCAAAGUUCGGUGCAGUCACACCCAAAUGAUCACGGUCAUCCUCUGAUGGUGGCAGUUCUGCAGAUUGAAGUGGUUGAAGGAGCCUGCAUGACGUAAGGUGAUGUCAUAGGUGACCUCAUUUUCCGUCAGCAAAACAACCACUUUCCACAAGUGGUUAAGGGUUUUUAUUUGCUUAUUUGAACUUGGCCCAGUAGCAAAUUGUCAACCAGUGAAGAUCUCUGAGCACAGAAGUGACACGCAGACGGCGUCUCACUCCUGUCAGCAAUCUUGAUGCAGCAUUCUGCACCAACUGCGGGUUCCAGCUCAAGCGCUAGGAAAUUAUUAUUAUGAUUAUUCUCCACCCAUCUGGCUGGGUUUCCCCAGCCGCUCUGGGCGGCUUCCAGCACAUAUAAAAGCAUAAUAAGACAUCAAACAUAAAAAACUUCCUGAAACAGAGAAGCCCCACAUGUGGGGCAAGAUAGACUGCGAAUGUCCGCAGAAGAUACACUCAGUUACUACGGCAAAUGUGUGCCCCGUAGGCUUAUCUAAGGGCCUAUAAGGAACUGCCUUGGUGGCUCAGACUGCCCAGCGCAGUGCCCUGUUUCCGACAGAGGACAGCAAAAUCCCCAGAGCCGCUCAGACCUCCACGUCUGAGUUUCAGAACCAAUAAUAAUAAUAAUAAUAAUAAUAAUAAUAAAUUUUAUUAUUUAUACUCCAGCCACUUCUGGUUUAUAGGCUCAUGCAAGACAUAUCAAACGCACCAUCAACUCAAGACCCACAGGGGGUUGGACUAGAUGGCCCCUGGGGUCCCUUCCAGCUCAACAGUUCUAUAAUUCUGUCAGCUUACUUUCCUUUUUUCUCCUUUGGGGAAGGUUUCGGAAGAGCAGCGCAAAAGCCUCCUGCAGCGCCCGCUGGACUUGGUGCUGGUGGGCUUCCUCCUUUUCAACAUCAGCUUCACUCUGUUCCGGGGACUGGUGAGCAUAUGGUUAUCUUCCGGAGGCAGCAUUGCUCAGUGGUUAGAGUAUCUGCUUUGCCGGCAGAAUGUCCCAGUUUGGUCCCCUCCAGGUAGGUGGUGGGGGUGGAGGAUGCAAUUCCCUGCUUGAAAACCUGGAGACCUGCUGCCAGGUCAGUGAGACAGAUGCCCAAACAGAAUUCAUGAGGACUAGAACCAUCUUUUUAAAAAAAAUAUCAUUUUUUUUGCCAAAUAUAUUUCAUUAAAUUUCCAGAAAUUCCACAUGUGCAUUCCAAUACAGAAUAGAUUCUUCUUUUGCUUGGUCAACGUCUCCUCCCAUUUUCCAGGGCGUUUUUUAUUUCUCCCCCAUGCUGGACCCUGGCUUCUCUCCCUUGUAUUAUGACAAUAAUUCAAUAAUCUCUCAUUCAUUCUGUUACUCAUAGUUCAAAUCCUGCUUGUGAAUUCAUCAUACGGUCAUAUUUCUUUAAAUAGUCCGAAAAAGGCUUCCAUUCUUCCAUAAAGCAAUCAUCGUCAAGUUCUCUCCUUUUAGCUCUUAGCUUUGCUGAUUCAGCACAGCCCAUCACUUCACUAAUCCUUCUUCUUCUUUCCAUUUUUAUGCAUAGAGAAAAUAUGCUGCUGUUGACAUACAUAAACAGCGUAAUCUUCUGUCCCUAUAAUCACUAGGAGAAGAGCUUGAUUUUUGAAAAUAUAUAAUCACUUUAAACAUCUUUUUUAUCUCAUCACAUAUCAUUCCCCCAAAUUUCCUUGCUUUAUAAAACAAAACCCAAAUCCUUAUCAGUUCUGCUGUUUCAUUGUCGUCCCCCCCGCACUGUGGCACAACUUUGACAGGGUUGUGGGGUGGGUGGGCAACCCACCUGACAAUUGCCCAUCAUUGUAACCAUAGGCUGGUGGGUGGCCUCGCCUGUGGCAGCCAGCCAGGAGUUAGGUGCCUGGGAGUCAUAGCGCACAGGGCUUCGUUGGCUGGCCGCUGGCUGAGUGACCAAGUUCCCCACGAGAAGCUGGCUCUCUCUACCUUGUGCCAACUUCGUCCCCCCAAUAAAAUAUUUGAGGGGGCUGGGACCUUCCAUAGUUAAUGCACACUGCUAUUCAAAUGGUGCCCAUGCACCGCGACAUGUGAUUGAUUAUGUGGGGGUGCCCCUCAAUAUUUUAUCCAAGCGGGCACCCCUGCCCUAAUGUGCCAUAUGUAAGACAGGUGGGUGUAGCUUUAGAGGGGGAGAAAUGUCCUUGUGGUCCAAACUGGGACCCAUGCUAGGCCAGAUUUGGCCUGGGGGCCGGAGGCUGCCCACCCCUCCUCCCAUUAGGUAAAGGUACCCCUGACUGUUAGGUCCAGUCGCGGACGACUCUGGGGUUGCGCGCUCAUCUUGUUCCAAGGGAGCUGGCGUUUGUCCGCAGACAGCUUCUGGGUCAUGUGGCCAGCAUGACUAAGCCGCUUCUGGCGAACCAGAGCAGCGCGCCAAAACGCCGUUUACCUUCCCGCUGGAGCGGUACCUCUUUAUCUACUUGCACUUUGACGUGCUUUUGAACUGCUAGGUGGGCAGGAGCAGGGACCGAGCAACGGGAGCUCACCCCGUCGCAGGGAUUCAAACCGCCAACCUUCUGAUCGGCGAGUCCUAGACACUGUGGUUUAACACUGCUCCUAAUUUCUCCUGAUAAAAAGCCCCACCAAAAUCCGCCCCCAUCCUCUUUGAUCUGCUCUUGCCUCCAGGUUGUUCUGGACUGCAAGGCGGACGUCUGCUUUGACUACAUCAACCAGCAGGAGCCGUACCUGCGCGACCCGGUGGCUUAUCCCAAAAUCCAGGUGAGCAGAGCCUCUUGUUCUUCUGCAGGGGGAAAGGGAGCGUCGGUGGAGAGAGAAACGUUUUCCUCCCUCUCUUGUAGCGCAAGAAUUCACCAAAGCCCAUACCCUCCGACAUUUCUCCGAUAAAAAUAGGGACGUCCUAAGGGGAAGCAGGACAUUCUGGGAUCAAAUCACAAAUUUCUUGUGGAAGAAAUUGGGACCCAUACGUGGCCAACUGUUAGUCCUGAGCCCUGCUUUGAUCCAUUGCACACCUCAAUCUGACACAAGUUAGACUACGUCACUGAGUGAAAGGAAGGGGAGGCUGCUCCCAGGCAACUUUGGAACUCCCUUCCUGGGGCAGCCAGACCGGCUCCCUCAUCGCUGUCCUUCCACCGGCAGGCAAAGGCCUUUCUGUUCCCGCAGGUCUGUGUUUUAAGGAAAGGGCUUUUUGAACGCGCUGUUUUUAUUAUGUGCAUUUCAUGAUUAACAAAAAAAAUCUGUUGGAGUUUAAUUACCUUUGACUCUUUUACAUGUUUUAAGCUUUCUGUAUUUUUAUCUGUGGCUGUUUUGAUUUGUGUAAGCCGUCCUGACUGCAGGAAAGGCGGGAUAGGAAUAAGUAGAAAUAUAACAACAACAACAAUGGAUAGCUCAGUCGGUUGGAGCUGGGCGCUGAUAACACCAAGGUGGCAGCUUUGAGACAGCUGCCUGUUCCUGCAUUGCAGCGGGUUGGACUAGAUGAUCCUCAGGCUCCCUUCCAACUCUGAUUCUAUGAUUCCAACAACAAGCCUUUGCAAGCACACUGUUUCUCAUUAAAAAACCAAAAAAACUUGGCCUGCUUUUUGUCCUUGUGUCUCAAAGGCAGUCAAGAGUUUCUGCGGUCGCCGAGAGAUUUGACCGAACUCUGACUGCUGCCCUGCUCUGCCCCCUAACUCUCCUGCCCGCCCUUCUUCCCAGAUGCUCGUCUUCCUGUUCUACGGCCUGCCAUAUUUCUGCCUCUGCCUUUACGGCUUGCUCACCCCGGGAAGCUCAUGGAUGCCCGACUGGGCCCUGAUCUCCGCUGGCGCCAUUGCCCAGGUAACGUGGACAUGUAUGGACUGCAGCAGGGGCUAAGGAGCUUUCUUCUGCUUUGUCACAGGACACCAGUUCCAGUUUUUGGAUUUCCACAGGGUAUUCCAAGCUGAGGGAGGCAAGGGCCGCAUUCCAUUCUGGGCAGCUUUGCAGGGGCCACAUCCCAAUGUGGGCGGGGCCAUGACCAGAUGUGGGCGGAGCAACACAUGCUAGGUUUCUCUUUGCAGAGCAGGCUGGUUCCCAGACCGCCUUGCACACAGCCCUCUCCGCCCUCCUCCCCGGCAUGCUCAGAUUUCAUGGUGAAAAUGUUCAAGGAGGGUGGGAAACAGGGCUGGUGGGGGCUGUGGCUUGAGAGAGUGGGUGUGGCUUAAUAGAGUGUGGUGGAAUCUACACACAGAUAAAAAAAUGCUGUGAAAAUGCUUUUUAAAAAAAUGUUUUGAGAAAUAUGCUAAAUUUGCUGUAGCUCACCAUCACCAUCUAGUGUCACAUUUGAAUACUGCACUUUUAAAAAGGUAAAGAACCCCUGACAGUUAAGUCCAGUCACGGAUGACUCUGGGGUUGCGCGCUCAUCUCGCUUUACUGGCCAAGGGAGCCGACAUUUUGUCCGCAGACAGUUUUUCCAGGUCAUGUGGCCAGCAUGACUAAGCCGCCUCUGGCGAACCAGAGCAGCACACGGAAACGCCUUUUACUUUCCUGCCAGAGCAGUACCUUUUUAUCACCUUGCACUUUGACGUGCUUUUGAACUGCUAGGUUGGCAGGAGCAGGGACCGAGCAACGGGAGCUCACUCUGUCACGGGGAUUCGAACCGCCGACCUUCUGAUUGGAAAGCCCUAGACUCUGUGGUAUAGCCACCCACUUUACAACACACUUAAAAUGUUUUAUUUGCAGCUGUAUAGCUGAGUCCUGUGUGUGGUUUGUGGAGAGGGGUGUGGCUUAAGAGAGAGGGUGUGGCUUGGGGAGAGGGUGGGGCCUGCCUUCAGAUGUCUUCUAAAGAUUGUCUAGUGACUUAUUCCUACCCUCCAUCAUUUCUCUGGUGAAGAUAAGGACGUCCUAACAGCCCCCCUCUCUCUUUCUGUUCCUCCUUCCAGGCUCAGUUCUCUCAUACUGGCUCUUCGCUCCACCAGCACACCCCGUUUCCGUACCGCACCCCCGAAAGUGCCUGGUGGCUUGUCACCCUUUUCAACCUUGCCUACGCAGUGGGACCUCACCUUUUAGUGUACCGCUGCCUUCGCAAUCCGGCCUUCUUCUCCCCGGUGGUCUCGCAAGACGACAUCAAGAAGAAGCAAUGAGGCAGAGGAGCCGGGGGUCGCCUCCCUCCACUGUCCGGCCGCAAACCAGAUCGCAUUGUGCAAAGCCAAAAAAACACAAACCCUGCUCACCAGUUUGCCUGUGGGUUUUUGUUUUUAAAUAUCUCUGUGGCUUCAGGUCCACUCAGGUCCACUCCUGAAGCUCCCAGCAGCAGCUGCCUUGUCUACUCAGUGCUAGCACACUUCACAGAAUUGUCAAGGUGGAAGGGACCCCUGAGGGCCAUCUAGUCCAACCCCCUGCAAUGCAGGAAUCUUAGCUGAAGGAUCCCUGGCAGACAGCCACCCAACCUCUGUUUAAAAACCUCCAAGGAAAGAGACUCCAUCACCUCCCAUUCCACUGUUGAACAGCUCUUGCCGUCAGAAAGUUGGAGUCCCCCUUCUUACUGUUUGAAUCCGCUGGUUCGGGUCCUGCCCAAACUAGCCAGCCAGGGCACCACAGUCAGCAAACAUCGCCAGGUGUCUGGACAGAAAGGAGAGGAGCCACUCUCUCAAAUUUCAGUUGUAGACUGCCUCUUUCUGUGGCACUUGUGUGAUGCUCUUGGGUGGUCUUUGGCUAAGGGAUUGGGCAGUUUCUAAAACCUUUAAAAGCUCUUAUGCGCCCUUGUUCUGGGCCCUCACCUCCUUGCAAGGUGGGAGACAGGGAAAAUAAAGAUCUUCCUUGCUUUCCUUUUCCAGUUCCUGCCUCCACUCACUUUCCUCUGACUGAUAACAGAUUUAGGAAGACACUGGAUCCCUUGAUGGAGAGAUGGGCUGUAAAAACCAACCCUGACUUUUUCUAGAACAAUGCUGACUUGUAAACGAAAGGUGUUGUUGCACAAGAUAGAAGUGGAAACCUAGAAUUGGAACGGACAUGGGGACACUCACAUAUGUCAUUGUUUACAAAAUAAAAACAUUUAUAGAUGGUUUUUGAA